CAUUUGCCAGGCUUCCCCGUCAAGGGCUAGCUCCGAGAAAACUUCCCUGAGCUGAUCUGACGUCUGCUGACGAAGGCGGCAGCCAUGAACUGGUCGGCAUUGGAGGUCCUCCUGAGCGGGGUCAACAAAUACUCCACGGCGUUCGGCCAGGUCUGGCUCUCGGUGGUCUUCGUCUUCCGGGUGCUGGUGUUCGUGGUGGCGGCCCAGCGAGUGUGGGGCGACGAGAGCAAGGACUUUGUGUGCAACACCGCCCAGCCCGGCUGCACCAACGUUUGCUACGAUUCCGUCUUCCCCAUCUCUCACAUCCGCCUGUGGGCCCUGCAGCUCAUCUUCGUCACUUGUCCUUCCUUAUUGGUGUCGUGUCACGUAAAAUAUCGCGAGAAGAAAGACCUGGCGUACUCCACCUCGCACAAGGGAGCUCAUCUGUACGCCAACCCCGGGAAGAAACGCGGCGGUCUUUGGUGGACCUACUUGGUGAGCCUGAUUUUCAAGGCGUGCUUUGACGCCGGCUUCCUGUACAUCCUCCACCAUAUUUAUCACGGAUUCGACCUGCCCCGAGUUUCCAAGUGUUCCCUGGAGCCUUGCCCCAACACAGUGGACUGCUUCAUUUCCCGGCCUACCGAGAAAAAAAUCUUCACCCUCUUCAUGGUGGUCUCCUCAGUGGUCUGCAUUAUCAUGUGCAUCUGCGAGAUGAUCUACUUCAUCUGCAAGCGCAUCCUGAAACACAAAAGGAAGACCAAUCAGAUGAUGAGGAAAGCAUUCGCCGACAAUCACGAAAUGAGACCGCUGGCGGCACCCAGGUCAGAAUUCAGGUCCAAAACUUCGAUCCGAGUCGAUCCCACCAACUCCAUCCAGAAUCUCAACAACAUGCCGGCUGAGGAGAGAGACAAAGAACUCCGAAAUGAGUCGCCGCGCGAAAACGGCAAGGUGGACAACAUUUAAGGAGCUCAGAGAAUCUCUGAGAGACACUUCAUGACAGCUCUUCCCAAGCCUAAAGACAUUCAUCAAUUCGCUGAUGACUUGUAAAUACCUGUAAUGACUUUCUGCCUUUAGGCAUCGUCUGUGCAUGUAAGUACAUAACACAAGCGGCAUGAGAUGUUGACCGUACACAUAUUUAUGCAUCGCUCCUCCUACUUAUAGUAAGUACAACAUACCAAUGACUCCACUGUUUAAGGGCUUUAUUGUUAUUACUAUUACUAUUACUUUUACCAUUAUUUAUUA